CACCCCAUAUAUGGACAUCAGUAUGAUGUAAGUUAGUUAUUCUAGGCAAGCCAUGACUCGAAGUGAGCACAACGAUGCGUGCAACAUGAUUUCAUAAUAAAAUACAUCUAACGAACCAAGAGACUUCGACAUGGUGUCAGAAUCGUGGGAUAACUCAAGCAAGYCAAGAUAAUUCUCCUCGAGCAAUUUCAAUUCAACUUCAAGUACUUCAAACACGUUCAAUUUCGAUAUUCAAGUCCAAGAAUUCAACYAUGGCGGACAAAUUCACACCACCGACAAUGGACUGGUUGAGUCCAGGCGAUAUUCACAAGAGAUUCAAACUUUUCAAGCAAAAAUGUCAACUUAUAUUCGAUGGACCGUUAGAAAAGUCGGCAGAGCAGAAAAAGGUACGUUUUUUGCUGUUAUGGAUCGGCGAUAAAGGUCUUGAAAUAUACAACACGGCGACAUGGGCCAACGAAGGCGACGAGUUAAAACUAGACCCGGUAUUUCAACACUUAGAAGCUUAUACUAAGCCAAAAAGCAACCAUAUUUUAGCAAGAUUCCAACUUCGAAGUCUCAAACAAGGCGAAAUGCCAUUAGAAGAAUUUGUAACAAAAGCACGAAGUCUUAUCGACGAUYGUGGAUACGACCAGCAGUUCAAAGAYGAGACAUUACGCGACACCUUGGUAUUUGGCAUCAAUUCUGAUAAAGUACGAAAGGACGCUAUUUCUCUCGGAAAUAAUCUAACAUUUCAACAAAUCUACGACCUUGCUAAAACAGAGGAAAGCACAAGAGCUCAAAUGAAAAUUAUCACUCAAGGCAACGAAGUUUUCAACAAGGAAACACACUCGAUUCGAAGCAAAAGGUCAAGUUCGAAACCACAGGAAUCCCAAAAAUGGCKGGAAAACGAGAAUCGACAGUCAGYGAGCRCCCCUAAACCAAAACCCAGAAAAUUCAAGUUCAAGUUCAACGGAUGUUUUCGAUGCGGCGGAAACCAUGAAGAACAAGCACACUGUCCAGCUAUCAACGCAAUAUGUAAAUUCUGCAAAAAGAAAGGACAUUACUUCAAAGUCUGUAUGAAAAGAAAAGUAAAGCAACUACAUGAAAUCGUCGACGAUCCGAACUACGAAGGUCAAGAUAUACAUGUGCAGCCCGACGACGUUGCAGAGUACCCUAGCAAUACUUACACUUACGAGGAAGAAGGUUCCAGCGACACUGAGCCAAUUACCGUGACAUUAGGUUCUGUUUCAACCGAAAACACAGUACAUAAUGUGAGCAGCCACAAGAACAGAAUAUAUAAACAUGUUAAACUUAAUGACAAAUGUGACGUCAUCAUGAAAAUAGACACUGGAGCGGAC